CGCGGAGGGGCUGCAGCAACCUGUCUCUUUAAGUUGGUGUCAAAGCCGAUUACCGCUGAUCUCGGUUGUGAGUCUGUUUUCACCGUCUGCUCCGGGACUCUAUUUUUAUUUAUCGUUGCUUCAGUUGCCGCGCGCCCUGUCCUCUUUGUAUAUUUACUUUUUAUUUUUAUAUCCGCACUAAGAGACAAACGCGCGUCCCAAGUCCUCGCUGAAGUUUCCAGCAUGCAGACGUGGUGAAGCUUUGCUUGGUUUAGUGGAUCUAAAAGCCGACAUUAAAGCCUCGAUCCGCUGACAAUUAUGCGCGCGGCACUGCGGACGCUCCAACUUUUUCUACCAUGAUAAGCCUGGAUUACCAUUACCAGCGGACGGAAAUAUUAACCGCCUUCUCUUUGGUGUCCAUCAGUUAAAAAUAACAGCAGUGGUAGCAGAACUAGAGAUUCGGUGCGAUGUGAUGCUUUCUUUUUGAAAGUUUGAAUAAAGACAGGACAUAAAAUGCAGAAGAGCGUGCGGUACAAUGAGGGUCACGCGCUGUAUCUGUCGGUGGCGGCGCGUAAAGAGGGCACCAAGCGCGGCUUCCUGAGUAAGAAGACCACGGAGAACAGCCGCUGGACCGAGAAGUACUUUGCUCUCUACCAGAACGUGCUCUUCUACUUCGAAAACGACCAGAGCGCGAGGCCAUCCGGCAUAUACCUACUGGAAGGAUGCACGUGCGAGCGGGCACCGGCACCCAAGGUCUCCAGCAUCAGCAAGGAGCCCAUGGAGAAACAGCAGCACUACUUCCUGGUCAUUUUUGGCCACGAUGGACAGAAACCUUUGGAGCUGCGGACAGAAGAAGAGUCGGACUGCAACGAGUGGGUGGAGUGCAUCCAGCAGGCCAGCUACUCUGACAUCAUCAUCGAGCGUGAGAUCCUGAUGCAGAAGUACAUCCACCUGGUCCAGAUCCUGGAGACGGAAAAGAUCGCAGCCAAUCAGCUACGCACUCAGCUGGAGGACCAGGACACUGAGAUCGAGAGGCUCAAAGCUGAGGUUGUAGUGUUGAACAGAUCCAAGGAGAAGAUGCUGCCUUACCAGAACAACCAAGAGGAGGAAGACCCAGAUAUCAAAAAGAUAAAAAAGGUGCAAAGUUUCAUGCGUGGCUGGCUGUGCCGGAGGAAAUGGAAGAUCAUCGUGCAGGACUACAUCUGCUCCCCUCACGCUGAGAGCAUGAGGAAGAGGAACCAGAUCGUGUUCAACAUGGUGGAAGCAGAGACGGAGUACGUCCACCAGCUCUCCAUCCUGGUGAACUGCUUCCUCAGGCCGCUCCGCAUGGCCGCCAGCUCCAAGAAGCCUCCCAUUAGCCACGAUGACGUCAGCAGCAUCUUCCUCAACAGUGAGACCAUCAUGUUCCUGCAUGAGAUUUUCCACCAAGGGCUGAACGCUCGGAUUUCCAACUGGCCAACUCUGGUUCUGGCGGACCUGUUUGAUAUCUUGUUGCCCAUGCUGAACAUUUACCAGGAGUUUGUGCGGAACCACCAGUACAGCCUGCAGGUUCUUGCAAACUGUAAGCAGAACCGGGACUUCGACAAGCUGCUGAAACAGUAUGAGUCCAACGCUGCCUGUGAGGGCCGCAUGCUGGAAACGUUCCUCACGUAUCCCAUGUUCCAGAUUCCUCGAUACAUCAUCACUCUGCACGAGUUGCUGGCGCACACACCUCACGAGCAUGUGGAGCGAAAGAGUCUGGAGUUUGCUAAGUCCAAACUUGAGGAGCUCUCAAAGAUGAUGCAUGAUGAGGUGAGCGACACGGAGAACAUCAGGAAGAAUCUGGCCAUUGAAAGGAUGAUCGUCGAAGGCUGCGACAUCCUGCUGGACACAAGCCAGACCUUCGUCAGACAAGGUUCCCUCAUCCAGCUGCCGUCCAGCAGCGAACGAGGCAUGCUCAGUAAGGUCCGGCUGGGCUCGCUCUCUCUGAGGAAGGAAGGAGAGCGGCAGUGUUUCCUUUUCACCAAACACUUCCUCAUCUGUACACGAACAUCUGGAGGCAAACUUCACCUGCUGAAGCAGGGAGGAACAUUGUCUCUGAUUGAGUGCACUCUGAUUGAAGAGCUGGAUGCCAGCGAUGAGGACUACAACGCCGCAGGUCAGGGCUUCAGUCAUCUGGAGUUUAAGAUCGUGGUGGAGCCUCCUGAUGGUCAGAGCUUCUCCGUUGUCCUCUUGGCUCCUUCACGCCAGGAAAAGGCCGUCUGGACCAGCGAUAUCAGCCAGUGCAUUGAUAAUAUUCGCUGUAACGGCCUGAUGACCAGCGUGUUUGAGGAGAACUCCAAAGUUUCGGUGCCGCACAUGAUCAAGUCUGAUGCCCGGCUACAUAAAGACGAUGUGGACAUUUGCUUCAGCAAGACGCUAAAUUCCUGCAAGGUCCCUCAGAUCCGUUACGCCAGCGUGGAGCGCCUGCUGGAGCGCCUCACAGACCUGCGCUUCCUCUCCAUAGACUUCCUCAACACCUUCCUCCACACUUACCGGAUCUUCACCACCGCUGCCGUGGUCAUCGACAAGCUGGCGGACAUCUACAAGAAGCCGUUCACCUCCAUUCCUGUGAGGAUUGAGCAGCUCUCAUGCGACCGUCUGUCCAUCAUGUCUCUCUGUCCUGACUACAGUCUGAAGAUCACCCAGCUUGCUCUGGACCAGUCCAAGUCCCUGGAGCUCUUCUUUGCCACCAACCAGGGCGCCUGGGCAACCGACCCCCUGAACAACAAAUCCCCACGGCUCUGUCGCAAGUUCUCCUCUCCUCCUCCCCUCACCAUCCCGUCUCGCACAUCCUCCCCGGUCCACUGCCGGAAGCUUUCCCUUAGCUCUCCAAUCAGCAUAAAAGUGGGAGCGCUGGAUCUGUCCACCACGCCCUCCUCCUCUGCAGCCAACUCUCCCACCUCCAGUCACAGCCCCUCCAUCGCCUCGCCUCCGCCAUACUCAACCAGAUCUUCUUCUGGCUUCUCCUCCCCUCCACCCACCGCCACACGAUCUCCCAGCCUCCCACAGGCCUCUGGGGUGUCCUCACCGCCUCCCGUCUCCAAAGCCCCUUUGGACCUCAGCCGUGGUCCCAGCUCUCCAGAGCUGAGUCCAGCUGCAGGGGAGGAUGUCAGCGGAGAGCUGCCUCGCAUCGACGCCUUCUGUGGGAAGCUGAGGCGCAGCAUCCGCAGGGCUGUCCUAGAAUCGGUGUCUCUGGAUAAGUUCAUGCCUGAAUCACCGUCCAUCAGCGAGCCGGGUGACUUGUCUCCCUGCCGUUCACCGUCCACACCGAGACAUCUCCGCUACCGCCAUUCAGGAGUCACGCCGGGGGAGAACCCUCGCUGCACCAUGUCGCCUGCUUCUGCGUUUGCCAUCGCCACGGCUGCCGCUGGACACAGCAGCUCGCAGGGGUUCAGUAACUCAGAGAAAACAUGCGACAAAGAAUUCAUCAUCCGAAGAGCUGCGACUAACCGAGUCCUCAACGUGCUGCGACACUGGGUUUCUAAACACUCUCAGGACUUUGACAUGAACAGCGAGCUGAAGAUGGGGGUGAUCAGCCUCCUGGAGGAGGUGCUGCGAGACCCAGAUCUGCUGCCACAAGAGAGGAAAGCAACCACCAACAUUUUAAGUGCCCUUUCUCAAGAAGAACAAGACGACUCUCAGCUGAGGAUAGAGGACAUACUCCAGAUGAAAAGCUGCCCUCUCCUACACUUCAUUGUGGCGGAGAGUCCGAAAUCGGAGUGUUUUGAGUCUCUCUCGGCCAUGGAGCUGGCAGAGCAGAUCACACUGCUGGAUCACAUUGUGUUCAGGAGUAUUCCUUAUGAGGAGUUCCUGGGCCAAGGCUGGAUGAAGGUGGACAAAAGUGAGAGGACACCAUACAUCAUGAAAACAAGCCAGCACUUUAAUGAGAUGAGUAACCUGGUGGCGUCUCAGAUAAUGGCCCACACUGACGUGGGCUCCCGGGCCAGCUCCAUAGAAAAGUGGCUGGCGGUGGCUGAUAUCUGCCGCUGCCUCAACAAUUACAACGGAGUCCUGGAGAUCACCUCCGCCCUCAACCGCAGUGCCAUCUUCAGGCUGAAGAAGACCUGGGCUAAAGUCUGCAAACAGACAAAGUCGCUGAUGGACCGGCUGCAGAAGACCGUGUCGUCAGAGGGCCGCUUCAAGAAUCUCAGAGAGACGCUCAAAAACUGCAACCCUCCAUGUGUCCCGUACCUGGGCAUGUACCUCACUGACCUGGCCUUCAUCGAGGAGGGGACACCCAACUUUACAGAGGAGGGGCUGGUUAACUUCUCCAAGAUGAGGAUGAUUUCUCACAUCAUCCGAGAGAUCCGCCAGUUCCAACAAGCACCUUACAGGAUAGAGCACCAACCCAAGGUGACUCAAUUCCUCCUGGAUAAGACGGUAGUGAUGGAUGAAGACACCCUCUACGAGCUCUCGCUGAAGAUCGAACCUCGAGUUCCACCUGGUUAAUUUCAUUACAGCGUUCACACAUAAAUGUAACAACUCAAGGUGUAAAAAGUUUUCAUAAAGCAGGAAUUGCUGUAUAAAACGCCGCCUGUCAUUGUGCUUAGGAAACUCAGGAGAAAACGUGCCUUGUAGUUUGGUGAUCUGAGGUGUGUUUAGUGAACAGACUCAGUAAUACAGCCAUGACUGUAGAAACACGUGUGAGCUGGAAGCUUGCUGCGAUCACACUGUAAAUAUAAAACUAUCUGCCUCUGUAGUCCUGCACAGAAACAUUGUCAGAUAAGUUUAGGAUGAUUAUCCUUCCUGAAGCCCCCUCUGACCCUCAUUUCAGCUUCAUCCUGGGGAGGAUAUGGAUGCUGGAGCGUCACACAGUUCUGCUGUGUUUGUUCACAAAUCUGUUUAAAAUAAACAUUGUCAGGGGAAACCAGGAGCUGCAGGUCAGAAUCAGUGGAGAUUUGUGCAAAAUGGCUACAUGGUUAUAUCCACAUACGUUCAUGUGUUUUAUAAAAGGGAAAUCCCUUUGCAGAGGUUGGAAGUGUUUACGAUUGCAGGCUCAGACUGAAAGGGAGAUAAACGGUGUAAAAAGUUGCUAAAUCCAUAAAUAUUCCCUUUCUUUUUUACUCAAUAUUCACUUUAAUUUUCUUUUGUUUGUUUUGCUUUGGUUAAGACUUAUGGAUUUAUAUCACAAACUCUGAGCAUCGACGCAAAAUUUUUGUUGUAAAAAAAGGAUCAGAAAAAGUUUUUUUUUUGGAUUUUAGCUAAGGUUAGCUAAAACUGAGCAGCUUUGACUAGCAUUAGCACAGUCACGGCCUUGAUUUCUACUGUUUGCUUGCUGUUUUUAUAUAAUACCUAGUUUUGUUUUUAUUUGUCCAAAUUUGGACAUUUUUGAUUCUAAAUUGCAGAACCUAAAAAUGAAAAAGAUCCUGUAUGUAACGCAGUUUUGACUAAAUAUUUUGUUCUCUUUAGCUUUGCAGAGCAGCGUUACUGUAGCGUUAGCCAAAAUAAUGAAGUUUGGAGACUAAAGAUUUUACAGCAAACGUUUUUUUUAGUCGUGCAUUUGCCAAAACUCUCCAACAAAAUAACCAGGUAACAAAUUACGACCGUCCACCCUCCUUGAGAAGGCCCACAUCCUCGUCUGGUAAACAUCAGCUGUACACGAGUGUGUUUGCAUGAGAGAGGAGAUGCACUGAGUUUCUGAAACAACCUCAAGACAGAAUACAUCUCUACCUUUAACUCAUCUCUUUUCUUUGUGGUGUUGAUGCUCCCAGGAGAUGUCAGCUGGGGCUUAAACCAUGUUAUUUUUUCUCACCUCAUUUAAGUUGCUGUAGUUUGUCAUAUCGCAUGGUACAGAAAAAAUCAUUGUUUACACACUCCCCAAAUCAUGAAAUGUCAUUUGCAGGUUCAAGGUGUUUAUUCUGCUUGACAAUCAAAUAAUCUUUUUUUUUUUUUUUUUGUCUAACUUUGUACACAUACACUUCUGAUCUACAUUUUUAAAA